AUGGACGGCCAAAAAACUCCCUUUGUGAGGGAGCUUGGCUCCAGUGACCGAAAGGUCCGCGACAAGGCCCUCGAGUCUCUCACUCAGUUCCUGCGCUCACGCACCGAUCUGACCCUCAUCGACCUCCUCAAGCUGUGGAAGGGACUGUUCUUCUGCUUCUACCACUCCGACCGACCCCUCACACAACAAGCCCUCGCCCGCGCACUCUCCUACUCCCUCGUCCCAACCCUCCCCAAAGAAACCCUGCACCGCUUCUUGCGCGCCUUCUGGAUCACCAUCGGCCGAGAUUUCCACUCACUAGACCGUCUCCGGUUGGACAAGUACCUCUUCCUGAUCCGUUGCUACGUAGGCGUUGCAUUCGAGCUCCUAGUGAAGAACACAUCAACAAAGCCCGACGGGAAAAAGCGCAAGCGCGAAGAUGCCGCCAAGCAAGGCCGCGGCAAGAAGCAGAAGAAGCAGACACAGGCCGAGGCCGAGCCCGCCACCGAAGACGACAAGACCAACGGCGAAGACGACGAGACCAGAUUCCCCGAUCUGGCGGCUUAUAUCUCCAUUAUCGAGGAAGGUCCUCUUUGCCCUCUGAACUAUGAUCCUGAUCAGCCGAAGGACGAGGGCGAUCCUAAUUUCGUGCCUAUGCCCCAUGGGCCUGAUGGGCUGCGUUACCAUCUUAUCGAUAUCUGGGUUGAUGAGUUGGAGAAGGUUCUUGAGUUUGAGGAAGAGGGUGAUGAAGAGACUCCUAAGCGGAAGAUUAAGGGUGAAAUUCCUAUGGAGCUUAUCUUGCGGCCGCUGGAGAAGCUCCGCACUGAGAGUCCUUACAAGCCUGUUCGUACGAGGGCCGCUGAGGCUUUGGAUGAUGACCGCCUGGUUGAGUGGGGUGUUCGGACGAGAGAGUCUGAGGAGGAUGAUAGUGAGGAGGAGGAGUGGGGUGGUUUUGGUGAUGAGUAG